AUGAAGCACGCUCUGCUGGAGUCUAACGAGGCCAUCAAGGACCUCAGCGCCUUGGUGCAGAAGAGCCUGGACCUGCAGCAGGAGGUGCACGCCACGCUGGCGGCGCUGCAUGCCUCGGGGUUGCCCACUGCCCCAGCUGCGCCGAACAAUGGGGGUGGCGGCGGCGCCUGUGGAGGCAGUGGUUCCGGCUCCAACGACACGGAGAAUGCAACGCACGCCUCAGAGCUGAAGCGCGCGGUUGCAACUAUCAUGGAGCCAGCGAGACUCUCUUGCAUCACUGAAGGUGAUGGUACUGGUGAUAAGGGUCUCAGCAUGUGGCCGGACCACAAGCUGGUGGUGAAGUGGAGUGCGGCAACGGGCGUUAUCUGGGAGAACCAGAAGGAGAGGCUGAUGUACUGCCUCAACCACUCGACGGAGCACAGCAACACCUGGUCGGCAGUCACGACUCGCAUGCGCGGUGGCAUCACCCGCGUGGGCAAGACUGUCCUCUUCCGGUUUUUUGGCAUUCCGCGCCAUGUGGCGGAUAUGCCCAAAGAGGUGCCAUGGAGGGUGGUCACCUGUACGGUGUAUCGCAUUCCUCGAACGGCAUUCGAGGCGUACCCAAUCGCUAGAUACUCUAUGCCUUGGCACUGCAACGAGGACGGCCUGCCCUUUAGCACCGAUGAGUUUGAGAUCUUCAUAGCUGCUGCCUACUGGCGCCUCCUGCAGCGCAAGGUGCUGCGUAUCUACCCGUACACGCUGGCGUUCGCCUUGUAUGGGGCGGAGUACCCUGUUGUGCACCAUGAUCGCAACAGGGCUGGACUACCCACCAAGGACACCCCCAACAUCCACAACACCGAUCGCAUGCGCGCGAUUGUGGUCAACUGGAUGCGGGAUGCCAUCGUAUGCACGUAUGGCACUCCCCAGGGGGCGUACCAGUUUAGCGCGGGCACCCACUUCCGUGUGCUCAUCGCUUUCCCUCCUCCCGCCGAGGUCAGGGCAUUGCCCACAGAGAUUGUCGGGCCUGAGAUAGGCGAUGCUGACGACGAGAUCCCUACUGCUCCUGCUGGGCCUGCACAGGCCUAA